CCUUCCCUCACUGGCAACAUGGGUGGUCGACAUCAUUCAUCCAUCCAUCCAUCCAUUUGCCCACCCACAGUCACACUUGCAGGCGAUGCACGCACAUUGUUGGUCGUUCGGUAGAGAGAGCUAGCUAGUCACUGGAGCAAAAUCGGCAUUACACAUGACUGCAGACACGGGCACAAGUACGUGGGCACGUGAGCAAAACUGCUGAAGCCAGGGAGAGAGGAGGAGGAGGAGAGGAGAGUGGUCGGCAAGUAAACCAGCGCACAAAAAACGGCGCCGCAUUGUGUGUGUGCCUGCCUGCAAACAAACAAACAUGCCCACUCGACACACAAACAGCCAGCCCCACCUCGGCAAAACACAACCCCCACCAAAAGCAGCAGCAGCCCGGCCUGUCAGCCAGCCCGUCAUCAGCCACUCACUCACUCACCCAAUCAGUCACUCGACACAUCAAUCAGCAUCCAUCAACCAAGGGGCGGGCGUGAGGGGCGUGAUGUAGGUGUGUUGUAUUAAUUGGGCCAGGCGACGGCAUACACCCACAGGUUCUACUUUACCUGUGCUGCCGCGCCAGCACACCCACUUACUGCACACACAUCACACAACACACACACAGCACCCAGCACACCAUGACAGCACCAACACCAUGUCAAAUCCACACGCAGCCCCCACACAGCAUCAUCAGAACACACACACACAGAGCCACCGGGGGCGAGCGAGAGGGGGAGGAGGGGGAGAGAAAACCAGACAGACACACAGACAGACGGACAGCAAUGGGGAGGCAGUGACCUCGGGGGCAUGCAAGUGCAUACGACAUGACGACACACGCCAGCCAAGCCAGACACAGCACACGAAGCGGGAGAGGGGCGUCUGUGGUCGGCGAGCAGACCUGUCGCUGGCUUGGUGAGUGAAUGGCGUGCAGUGCAUGACGUGGUGCGUAUGGUAUGGGUGGGUUGAGGGAUGCAUCGGUCACACAUGACAUGCGAGAAACAUCAUGAGCACAACAUCACAUAAAUCACAUCAGUAUGGACGCGCGCAAACGAAACAAGCAAGGCGAAAUGAAUGAAGGAAGAAUAGUAACUCAGCUGUCUGUCGCAGGCCCCUACCACCCCACCCUCCCUCCAUCCAACCUCCAUGCCCCAUCCCUCCCUCCCUGACUACCUACCUACCUUUGCUGGCUGCCGGUUGUGGUGUCUGGUGAGCCCCCUCCACCCUCUCUCUCUCUGGUCUGGUCAGGUGCUCUCCCUCACUCAGGUCCCUACUUACAUCCAUCCAUCCAUCCAUGUGUGGCUGGCCUGCGACACAGUAGUGUCAAUACUUGAUCGAUUCAUUGUUGUGUUGUUGGUCUCUCCCUCUUUCCGCGCGUCUAUCAACGCGCGUGUAAAGGCAUUCACUCCCACUCCCACACACACACACAUACACACGUAACGACGUACACACAUAGGCACACACACGUAUAUGGCGGCACACACACUCAUCCAGACGGGCAGACAAACAGGCGGACGGACAUCGGCAUGCAGGGUGCACUCACGCCGCGAAUUGGUCGGUCGACGACGAUGGGACGGACGAUUGAUUGUGGGUCUUAAAACGCUCUUAAACGGACGGAUGACAUAUAUACUGCGACGUAUAGCAUACGCGACACAUACACGCAUACAGACGACACACGAAAAACCUCGGACAGGCGGACGGACGGACGAUGCGGGAUAGCUAGACAGACAGACAGACAGGUAGGUCGGUGACUGCCAUCGAUCCGAGGGAUCACUCACUCAAUCCAGUCAGACAGAGAUCAUCGUUGCACGUUGCACAUUCCACGCAAAAAAACACGGCACGUCACGGCACGUCACGUCAGGCGGUGUGAUGAGAUGUCGUCUAUGUGUGUGUGCGUGUAUGUGUGAUGUUCGUAUCAAUUUCCCGAUACACACACACACACACAGCUGUCUAUCUAGCCGCUGUACACUCAUCCGCCCUACCAACCUACCCUACCUCAUUUCACACAUUCACAGGGAGACACCCAUCACGGCAGCCAGACAGACAGACAGACAGACAGCCGUCCACAGAUCAGCAAGGGAGACAAACGCACCCACACACACCACGUGUCACACCCAGACACACACACACAGGUGUACAACACAAAUAUCAUUCAGCCGUCCAUGCCAUGCAGACCACUUACCGCACACACACAGGCAGCACCCACCCCAAACCACCCACACGCAGACACACGCACACACAGCCAGCCCAUCUGAAGAACGGCAGAUAUGGCCUGGCCGCGUUGUCUACCGCCCAUCCAAUCCAACAGCAGCAGCAGGACAGAGAAAGUUGCCACCAUGCCCCACUAAAACAAGCAAGCCAACGAAAAGCAUAAGCAGCCGCCUUUCCCCCUGUGGGUGUGUGUAUGUGUAUGUGUGUGUGCUCUAUGUGCGCAUCUAUCUAUCCAUCCAUCUAUCUAGCCCUCGGUUCUAACGGUCUCGUCGGACUCGCUCAGGGCCGACAGCCGGCCGUAGUCCAUCUCCGUCGACGCCGCACCACGUCCACCACUCGCCAGCCCCUCGGCCACUGUGGGCGGUGUGGCGAUGGGGCCGCACUCGCCCGAGCGGUCCUCUAGCUGGUGCGUGUGGGCGUCCCCCUUGUGUGUGGGUGUGGGGGUGACGCGCUUGAGGGCGAUGUUCUGGAAUGGGGCCAGCCAGAGGUAGAGGAAGCGGCCCUGGGAAUGGGCCGUCCAGUAGGGGUCGUGCUGGUUGUAGUCGUGCUUGCCGAUGUAGCGCUCGUCGAUGGAGUUGUAGAUGACGCGCCACUGGCACACACAGACACACACACACACACACGUGAGCAUGAGAAUGCGCCGCUCUGGGUGGGAGGUUUGUGUGGGUGGGUGGCAGAGGCUGACCUCUCCUUCGGACGGAACGUAGAUGUUGGCCGGAACGUGUCCGUGGUUCUCGUUGCGGACGAAGACCAGGUCGUCCUUGUGGUCCAGCUCGCUGCCGGAAGUCCAGGAGUGCUCAUCGCUGCCCCACCUGCACCAACACAAACCACACCACAUACAGGUGGGUGGGUGGGUGGGUGGGUGGCUGGGUGGCUGGAGUUCACUGUCCUGCACUCACCGGACGAACGAGAUCCACUUGAACUGGUUGUGCGAGCCGUUCCGGUCCAAACUACUGCUAUCCUGGCGACCUGGCCACCCAACCACACCACACCACACCACACCGCACCAGACAGACAACCAGUGGGCUGGCUGGCUGGCUGGCUGGCUGACGAGAGAGAGUGGCAACUGCGUACGAAAGGCGGGUUCCUUGGUGAGUAUGGCGUUGAGGUCGUGGAAGUUGGCGAUGAGCAUCUGCUGGUGCAUCUGGGCGUGGGGGCCGGUCUUGGACCAGUCGAGCCCGACGGGCCGGUCGCCGCUGCCCACGGUGAAGCUGCCCUCCUCACCAAACUCGUCACCCUGACAGACACAACGAAACGCAUCAUGACGUCAUGGCACACACAGGGCGGGCAUCCCAUCAACGAGGAUCCCUGUCUCUCUCUCUCUCUCUCUCUCUCGGUAGGGUGGGGGCCGUCUCUCACCAUGAAGACCAUCGGGACACCUGAGAGAGAGAGAGAGAGAGAGAGAGAGGCCACGGCAGAUUUGCGAGCAGUGUGGCUGCAGGUGGGUGUGGUCGGUGCGGUGGCAAUGAGUACCCUACCUACCAGGUCUGAAGUACAUGAAUGCUGCCAGCCCGAUCAGCUGCAGGUGGUUGCCCAUCUCGCUGAAGAUGCGAAGCUUGCCUGCACCCGCCAGACCACAGCACACCAAAUCAAAUGAAUGCACGCACUCUCUGUCCCCCCUCAAAACCCUCCAUAAGCCAUGCUUUGCUGACCAUUGGCGGCCUCGUCGUGUGUGGUGAUGGGCGAGAUCAUCUUCUCGGGCCGGGAGCUCAGCAGGACGCCCUCGAUCUCCUCCACCUUGCGGUGCUCGGUGAACUGACCCAUCCACACACCCACACAUGCACACGUGAUGGCAUUGAUGAGGGCAGGGCGGUGGGCAUGAAUACUUUGUGGAGGUAUCGGCGCAUCCGGUGCAUCUCGGCGAGAUCCUGCGCGUAGGUGAAACCCAAUCCGCCUGCAGACAGUACACCACACACACACAGAGAGAGAGAGCAGACAGACAGACAGACAGACACGCAACAGGUCAGUCAGAGAAGAGCCCCUCUGCGCGUGAAGGGGAUGCUCGCCUUCUUCGAUGGGGCACGCCAGCUUCGGGAAGACCCGCCUGCUCUCCUCAGCUAUCGUGAAGAACGAAGGGUAUCGCUCCAGCAGCCUACACACGCAUACACACAUACACAGAUCACAUACCUAUCACUAUCACCCGGUCGGUCACACACCUGCCCUCACUCACCUCUGGUGCAGUUCUCUGAGGAACUUGAGUGCGGGCAGGUCGACAGCCUCUGACAGGUAGUAGGCGCCCAUGUGCUUGUCGCCGCCCAGCCCGUUGAUCAGCCGCCAGUCCUCUUCGGUGAACGAGCCCCAGUCAUUCUUGCGCCACGACUUGAGACCUAAAUAUUCACGUAGAUGCACACACACAGACAGACAGACAGACAGACAGAGAGGGAGAGGGAGAGGGGGAGGGAGAGAUGGGGGCAGGCAGAGGCAGGUGCGUGUGGUUGGUGUGUUGUGUUGUGAUUGGUUGGUGUGUUGUGUUGUGAUUGGUGUGCACACCGCCCCGCACCGACCUCUGUCGUAGUCUUGGUAGACCUGUGCUGCGACGGCGUCGAUGCGCACCCCGUCCACACCGCACUCCUCGUGCAUAUACGCCAGGAUGCCAAUCAGGUAGUCGCGCACUGCAUGAGGGGACCAACAAACCCAUCACAUCACACACGCAUUUCUCUCUCUCUCUUCUCUGUGUCUUUGUGUGUGUGCCUGCCGGGGAACUGACCGUAUUGGCUGUCGUGGUUGUAGACUCGAGUGUUCCACUGGUCGUUCCACCCCUUGAGCGAGAGGUGGUGGUGGUGGUAGACGUCGGUGCCGUCGAACAUGGCGAUGCCCGUGUCCCAGUCCUUGAUGGUGAAACCCAGCGGCACGUCCACUAUCACCUGAGAGGGUCGGUGGGGUGUUGGUAUCAUCCACACGCACAGACACACACACACACACACACACAGAGAGAGAGAAAGAGAGGUUGGUGUGCAUGUGUGUGUCUCUGUGUGUGGGUGUGUGGUUCACUCACGCCUAUGUCGUGUUCGUGCAGGUGGUUGACGAGCCACUUGAAGUCGUCCAGGGUGCCGUAGCGAUGAUACAUGCAGUACGGCAGCGACACCUACACCACACCACACCACAUCAACACACACACAUCAAGGCACACGUGCCUAUCUGCCUGGCUGGCUGGACCCACCAGGUAUCCCCACGACUCGUAGAGUGGCGUCUGGAAGGGCGGCAUGAUCUGCACGUGUGUGAAGCCCAGCCACCCGCAGUGCUGCACGAUCUUGGUCGCUAUGUCGCGGUAGUUGCCAAAGGGACAGAACCCUCCCAGGUGCAACUCGUAUAUCGACAUCGGCUCGCGACCCCUGGGCGAUACCGACCACAACCCCCCACACACACAGGCAGACAGACAGAUGCCUCCCUCCCUCCCUCUGUGCCUCUCUCUCUGUGUGUGUGGGUGGGUGGGUGGGUGGGUGGGGGGGUCUUGUCACUCACUUGGUGUGGUGUUUGUGUGUCCAUUUGAAUUUGAGGUGGUCGGUGACGACGGCGUUCCACACUCUGCCCUCGCCCACACAGUCGAAGGUGAAGGGGUCGAGCCGCCACAUGUCGUAACCCGGGUGGGGCAGGUAGUCGUGGUGGUUCUGCACUCGGUACUUGUACUCGCUACCUGCAACGCAACACACCGCACCCACCACACACCAUUCCACAGACAGACACGCCACACACACAUGAAGGUCGCUGAGGGGGAGGGGGGAGGGGGAGGUACCGGUGAGGUCCUCAUCGAUGGUGAUGGUCCAGGUGCCGUCCUCCCCUCUCUCCAGCCGCUCCUCCCGCUCUCCCCAGCCAUUGCCCGCACGGAGGAGCAGCACACAAGUGGCCUCGGGCGCAUACACCCUACAAGCACACACACACACACACGUGGGCAUGUGCAUUCCACAGCCAGGGCAUCAAGCACGCACCAUCCACACGCACACAGACCCAAAGAGGCGCCGGGCAGGCAGACAGGCCUGUCUCUCUGUGCUCCUUCCCUACCUGAAGGUGGUCUUCUGAGAGGUCUUGUCGACUACAGCCCCGUAGUAUCGCCACGGCUUGUGCCUCCUCACCGCAUCCACACCCGCAUCCAGGUGCUUGUCGAUGCUCACCGCCUCCUCAUGGGAUGGCGACGACUCGGGGGCGGUGCUCGUGGUGGUGGACUGGGGAGAGGGAUCUUCCAUCCUAUGCGUGUGUGGUGGGGAUGCGACGGGAGGCACCAGAACCCGCGGG